AUGAAAUCUUUGAAUUUAUCUUUGCCCGCGGACAUCUUAGCCUCGAAUUCUUUGCGGCAAAUAUUAUUCGGGAAGAUUCCAUUGACAUAUAUGUUCUUUAAUAUCUUAUCAGAUGAAAAGAAAAAGGAAAUUUUAGAUUUGAUUUUAAAUUCCGAUUUACCAAAAGGAUUCACCGUUUCGGAAUUCAUUACUGAUGAAAAUUUAUUUAAAUGGGCAUGCGCUUGCAUCGGUGAUUCUGUUUACAGAAUAAAUAAUAAUCAAUUAUUCCAAUUAUACUUACAUGAUUUAUUACUAAUUAGGACGAAACCAACAGUAGAAUUCUACAAGCAAAUAUCUACCAUCAACAAAGCAGCCGAUGACGGUCAAAUUAUCAAAUUAAUUCAAUCAUUUUUCGAAUUUUUAAAGUACUAUCCUUCAUAUGCGAGAGUGUUUGUUGAAACAGUAUCAGAGUAUUCUCUGAUGAUACCUUUCGAACAAAUUGCUCAAGCAUUUGGCGUUACUUCGUUUAUUUUACUAGGCAAGCAAGGUUUUCUUGAUGUCGGCAUUACAUUAGAAUCUAGAUCAGAUUACGAAGAUCUUUUUCAGAAUUUAACGAUUUCAAACGAUAUUCUUACAUUUUUCCAAAAUUUCUUCGUGAGUGAAAACUCUUUUCCAUCGACAUCCUUCUUAUCAGCAACUCCUCUACACAGCGCACUCAAUACAGCAGCUACAACUAAAGUACAUUUCAUAGAAGUGAUCAGAGCUUUGGCUUCUUCCCAAUUUCGAUUAAAGAAUUAUGAUUCAUGCUUAGAAAUAUGUAACAUGCUUGGAGAACUAUCAACUUGGACGUUUUUGUCUUUCAUUCAAGAUGAAAAUUAUUAUCCAACACUAAAAUCGAUUACUACUACGAAAAAUACAAUUGCCGAUGAAUUUAUACAAAGAGUUAAGAAUGAUUUAGCUCUUUUAGACAAAGUUAAACGUAUUAAUGGAAUAUCAAUAAAUCCCGGCCAUUUUCUUGAGAAUUCCUUACCAUAUCUGCUUCAAAGUUCCCUACAUGGUGCAAAUGCAGUCAAUUUCGACAAUGUUUUCGAUCAAAAACUGUAUAUGAUAACUGAUAUUGCUAGAAAUAUCGACAAUGACUUUGUUUGUGCCUAUUUUGCGAUAUUCAUUGCAUUAGAGAUUGUUACCGGGCAAUACAAAGUCGAAGAAAGCAACAAAAUCGAGAAUUUCAUAAAUAAUAUAAUUAAUCCAGAGACAAAAAUGAAAGUAUUGAUUGAUGUCUUCUCAACGAUCUUUAUCAAGCAAGGUAAUGAUUAUAUCUGCAGUUUGGAUGCAGCAGAAUGUAUCUGUAUGCUUCUUUUGAACUAUUCCGAUGACAUGAAUUUAGUAAACGUGAUUCAAAAAGGUCACAACAAAUUACAAUCGGAAUUGUUUAAUUCCAACGGAGGAGACUUAAAGAACUGCUUCCUUUCAACAGUAUCUCGUGUCGGACAAUCAUUAAUUUCAGGUGAUUUCCAAAUUGCAUAUAAUAUUGCGCAAAGUGAUAUGAAAUUGAGAGAAAUAAUCGACGCCGCUUCAGAAAUUUUUGAAUUCAAAAAUAAAAAACUCAAAGGUUUCCAGGGAUCGAACUACGCAAUGAUGGAAGUUGGUUUCUCCUUCAAUGACGAAUUGAUAAGUUUACAAAACUGUCAAGUCACUUCACCUCUAACCGAAAUAAAUCUUCUGAAAAAUGACAGAUUACAAAAAAGAGGUUUGGCGGUUUUGACAGCGGUUAGACCGAUAGAUGUCAAUUUUGUAAAUACCAUUGAACAGAAAUGCAUCAGAAUGACGAGUGUUUUUUGGGAAACACCUUCUGUAAAGAACGAAAAAAUUGGUUUGUUGUCAGGUUUCUUUGAAUAUUUGGAUUGUUUCAUUCCACCACUUUUACAAAACGGUUCUACAGUUUUUGAUGCUUUGAAGGUGAAUAGAUCGAAGAUGGUUGAGAAGUUACUAGUAGAGAACAAACUGGAUGAAGCUAUGAAAGUUUCUAAAAUGAUGAAAUUCAAUUUGGAAACAGUUAUUUUCGAAAACGACCAAAUUCCUUUCGAAACAAUUUCGAAAUUUGUUGACAAAGAAGAAACAAUUUUAUCUGCUGUUGCUUUGAAGAGAAAGAACAAAGAAUUAAUAACAAAAUCAAAGGUAAUGAUGGAAUAUAUUGACUCUAUUAAUAACAAUUCAUCAAAUACAACAAAAGACAAGUUAAAUGUUGAUGAAAUUGAGAAAUAUUCACAAGAAGAAUUGGAAAAGUUUUUGUUGAAUGAAAUUUCAAAUCAAAAAUUCGAAAAAGAAACAUUUGAAGAAAUUUCAUUUAAAUUAUAUGAUUUCAGUGAAAUUAUCUAUAAAAACACAAAGAAUAGGAACAUCAAACAAAUAUUAAAUGUGUUGGAAAGAUGUAACAUCAAUGAUGAAGUUUAUGAAAAACUUUUGUUUUUGAACAAAUUCGAAGAUCCAUUUCCUGUUGAAGAUUUGUUUAAGAAACUCAUAAGAGAAGAAAAUCUCAAAGAUGCCGAAGAGAUGUUAGCUAUUUUCAAUGAAAUUAAACAUCUUUCGUGGAUGGUUUCUGAAUUAUCUCAAAAACAAAAAAUUAAAAUUGAAAAUGUUGAAGAAGAAAAAGUGACAGAAAAAGACAGAUUUUCUGAAUUGAAACUCACAAGGAAUUUCGUUGAUUUCUGCAGAUUAGUAAGAAAACAAUAUAAUAAUGACAAAGAUCUCUUGGCUUAUUUCUCAAAAGAAAUAGAAAAUCGUGUUAAAUAUUUGUCAAAAGAAGAAUUUAUUGCCGGUUUCGGUUUAAUUGAAAAUAUUUUGACAACUGCCGCCGAUAUGAAAAUUGAUGUUUAUCGUUCAACUUUACAAACAUAUCCCAGUGAAAUUUCAUUUUCACAGAACACUGAAUUCGACAUUUCAUGGGAUAAAUUGUUUGAAAAACCAAAAUUUUACAACGAAAAUUUGUCAGUCAAAAAGAUUUUUGUUGUUUACAAUUUAUUGGUUAAAUCAAGAACAAUUUUUGAGUCGAACUUGAAAUUGGGAGAUUACCAAGGAAAACAAUUUGGUGAAGAAUUGUUUGAACUAUGUUUUGGAGAUGAUUUAUUCACAUUUUUAAGUGAAAUCAGAGAUUUAUGGGAAAUAGACAUUGAAGAAUACAAAUUAAAAGUUUUCAAGGAAGUAAGAGACAUGGAUUUAUACAAUGAAUGUUUGAGAUUCAUUCCGAAACAAAACAAACAUUUCAAUGCUGUUGAAUACUUCAUAAGAAAACCAACAUUUUCCAAGAAAUACUUUGAAACAGAUCAAGCAGCUUCUGACAAAGUUUUGCAGCAAAUCUUAGAUAACACGAAUCCAAAAGUAUCAUCAGAAUAUUAUGUGAUGCAUAAUGAUUUCGAGAAAGCUUUGAAACACGUCAAAAAUGAUGAUUUAAUUGAGAAUUUUGUCAUUCCUUGUAUCGAAUACAACAAAGCGCAUACAAUGUUGGAAAGUUUGUCGAAAGAACAAAAUCAAAUUGUUCUUGAUUUCUCGAUAAAAGAGAACUUGUUACAUUUAACACUUUACGUGCAGCAAAUCUUGGAAAUGAACAUGGAAGCAGCAAAAACUUCGAUUUCUUUGUUCUCAAUGAAAGGUUUUGGAGUUCAAAACUUUGCUUAUUUGGAUUCUGCACAAGCAAUGCUAUUUAAAGAGCUCCAGAACAAACAAGAUGAAUCAGUCAAGAAAGAGAUUGAUAAGUUAAUACAAUCAAUCACUUAUCAACGUUUGUUUUGUGUUUUUUGUACCGAAAGAAAACUUUACGGUUUUAGCGGUUUGAAUGUUUUUGAUGGUAUUGCAUCUCAAGAAUCAGUAGCUGUUUUGUUAUUAAAGAGUGGUAGUGCUGAUCUUGGCAGCUCAUUUAUUAAGUUUUAUGAGUUAGAUCCAAGACAAAUUGCGUUCAAAAUUACGGAUGCUUUGGUAAACGAAACGAUAGAGACCAUUAUUAACGUUUUCGAUAAGAUAUCCGAGUAUGAUAUAUACCAGUGCAUUCUCUGCAACGUUUUAACGAGAAUGUGGUACACAUUUGGAGAAUACGAUUUAGUCAUGAAGAUAAUCAACGUACAAAAGAAUGCUGAGCUCAAAGCUUUGUUGCUAUUCCAGUUCUAUGAAACAAAUCUGGCCGCAGAUGUCGCAAUUAAAAAUAAUCUGAAAGAUUUGUAUGGAAUGAUCGGAAGAAGAGCUUAUUUUGAAGGCAAUACAUCGCUUUCGGCCAAGUUGAUGAAACUCCUUGAUUCGAAGAAAUAA